UGAUUGUCUGCCUUGCUUGAACAAAGAUUAUGUUUUCAACUCUUAAAUAUAAAAGACUUUGAACAAGUAUCAUGAACACAAGUUUCUCUGAAUAUGUUGCUGGCAAAAAAGCCGAGGUCGUGUUGCCAUGGAACAAUGUGUACGAUCUCAUCAGUUAUGAAACGUACCAACGGUUAAAUUUAAUACUGCAGUGUGUUGUUAAGCCGAUCUUGUCCGUGGUGGGCAUUCCGUCCAACAUAGUCAACUGUGUGGUCUUCUGGCGCCAGGGUCUGAGAGACCGGAUGAACUUCUGUCUCUUCUGUCUGGCCCUGGCAGACCUGUUGUACUUACUCUCCUUGCUUUGCGUGACACAGAUCGGCCCCUUGAUUGAGCUUGUAGAUGAAAUGCUAGGCAAAGAAAUUUAUUUCAAGUCCAACAGGUAUGGCUUAGCUAUCCGAGAUCAGACCAGGACCAUGGCCAGCUGUAUCAACCUCGUCAUCUCCAUCGAACGGUGUGUGUGCGUUUAUCUGCCCCUUCGUGCAUCUUCUCUUAUGAAGAAAGGCACCAUGGUCAAGCUCCUUGCUUCCAUCUUCGUCAUCACACAAGUAGGGUUUGUCUACAAUUUCUUUCAUUAUGAAGUAGUCUCUAGACAAAGUAACGUGACAAACAAGACAAUCUAUUGGGUAGCAGAAGCCUCAAAGACAUUCAAAGACUAUUACUUUUUAUUUCAAGGAGUAGAAGUUUUUCUUUUGACUUUUCUGCCUCUAUGCAUUUUUAUUACUAUUUUCAUCACAACUCUGGCGACAGUCGUGAAACUGAAAGCUGCUCUCUCGUGGAGGGAAAAGGCAAGUUCCAGCGGAAGUGACAAACAGACCCAACAGAGGGGCUUGAUUAAGAUGCUUGUGAUUGUUUCGUGUGUAUACAUCAUAACAUCAACACCGUAUGUUGGUCAUAUCUUGAUUACGGUAUUUUUGCCCGGAUUUGACAUGGGCAGUCGUUACCAGAACAGCUUUUUGACUCUGGCUAUGAUAGCCACUAUAUGUACAGAGGUUCACUGUGCUUUUAACUUUGUUAUCUAUUAUCGGAAUUCUUCACGAUACAGAUCAGAACUGAAAGCCUUCUUCUCCUGCACAGCUUCUAAAGUUACAUAAAGUUAAAAUAUUGUUUUAUACGGUCUGAGUAGCCAAAGUGAAUAAAUCGACCUUUAGCAAUACCAUUUUGCACAACGAAAGUAAAUAUUUCUUUUUCAUGAAAAGGAAAAGGUUUAACCAAAUGUCCUGAAGAAACUUUUUGGGAAAUACAUUGAUCAUGGUUUGGCUAUGAAUUAUGUUUCAAGAAUUUGUUGUUACAGUUGCUGUGAAUGAAGUAACCUUUACAAGUUACAGGUUACUUUGAAAAAUAUAGUAAAUUCCACACCUCCCACCCACCUCCAAGUAUUAGUUUCUCAGAACCAUUGGAUGGUGGAUGUUUCUAAUGUCUUUUCAGUCCAUCUCCGACUGUGAAGAAUGAACUUCGUUCUUGAGAUCGGGGUGGGUAGCGUGCUGCUUCGAAUGCUCAACAGCAAAUAACUGAUUUCUUUCUGGAGUUUCCUUAUGCCAGUGCCACUGUAGGAAUGUAUGAAAUAAUUCUGUAGGCAAUAAGGUAAAAACGCUUAGAAAAUGUAACUGGAGAAUUGAUUCAUAUGCUGGACUUAAGAUGAGGUUUAAAUGAUGUUCCAAGUCAGUAUUCAUUCAUUUCUAAUGCCCAAAACUAGCUUCGUGCGACAGGUUUUUUGUGGCGAUUAUUACUGCACAUCUAGAAAUGGAAAUACUCUUUCCUCCCCUCUGUUUGACAUAUUUCAGUUAUUUGAAAACCUUUACUAGAUUCAACAGGUAAUCGAG